ACAGUUCAGACAGGGAGUGACCAAAAUGUUCUUACACGAUAUAAAGUGAAGAAUGCUGUUUUUAAUCUCUUUUAACUGUGUAUACUCUUCUUUUUAAUAACACUGUCAUCUUGAUUUUUCAACACUUUACAAAAUACAUUAAUUAGUAUUGCUUUUACCCUCCUGUACAUUUCUUCUUUUACAUUUCUCGCACAGACACACACGAGCAUGUAAUACUCGGAAAGAGGACGUGGCAGUUAUCUGUAUUAUAACAUCUUGCAUCUGAGGCAUAUAGUGAUUGUCCUGUCCGUCCGUCCAUUCAUCCGUCCGUCCAUCUGUCCGUACGAGGUUAACCAAAUGGGAUUGUUUAGUCUAGCAUCAAUACCGCUUACAAGAAUGAAUUGAUACUAAUAAAGAUUUAACCUGUGACCAUUCCUCAUCUUCAAACAUCACCUGACCUCAGUUUGACCUUGACCUCAUUUUAGCCUUAGAGUUACCUGAACCAUAAGGUGCAAAAUCUAUCGACAAGGAUGCUACCGGGGGCAUCAAGCGUUUAUUGAACGCAGCUCCUUGAUUUUUCGUGGUUUUAAUUAUAUUGCAUGUGACUCACUGGAGACAUCCCAACUUUUUCUGAAUGCCAAGUGGGAGAUUUGCUUUCAAAAGUCGGAGAUUGAGGAUUCCCCAGACCAAGUUUUCGGGACGUCUGCGUCACUUACUUGACAUAACAGAUCCAAGAACACUAUUUACUUCAAAAGCACAGUUGAAAGAGUGUGUAACUUUGUUAGAUGACUUUAAAAAUGAACGUGUCCCAGAAGGAACCACAGACAAACAGUUAUGGGAGGCACAAAAAGUCAAACAGAGCAUUAUUCAUCCAGAUACUGGAAAACAAAUCUUCAUGCCUUUCAGAAUGUCAGGUUAUGUUCCAUUUGGUACACCUAUUGUUGUUGGAAUGUUACUACCUAAUCUGACAUUUAACCAGAUGAUAUUCUGGCAGUGGUUGAAUCAGAGUCAUAAUGCAUGUUUCAACUAUUCUAACAGAAAUGCUACUAAGCCAACACCAACCAGUAAGUUUGUGAUGGGUUAUCUAGGGGCAGUAACUAGUGCAAUCUCUAUAGCUGUUGGAUUGAGUAAAUUGAUAAAGAAAGCUAACAAGUUUAGUCCAGCAACCAAAAUGUUCAUACAACGAUUUGUGCCUUUUCCUGCUGUAGCAUCUGCCAAUGUCUGUAAUGUUUUGUUGAUGCGGAACAAUGAACUAACAGAGGGUAUAGAAGUUAUGGAUAAAAACUAUAAUGUUGUUGGAACCUCAAAAGUAGCUGCAAAAAAGGCUGUGUUGUCAACUGCAGGAACGAGGAUUGUCCUCCCAGCUCCCAUACUGAUCAUUCCACCUAUAGUCAUGUCUUUACUAGAAAAGACAAGAUUUUUACAGAGAAACCCAAGAUAUCAUAUAGUAUUCAAUGCAAUAGCUUGCACAUUAUCAUUUGGGUUUGCUUUGCCAGCAACUAUAGCAUUGUUUCCCCAGUAUGCUAAGAUUGCAAGAAAAGAUCUAGAACCUGAGAUACAGGCAGCCACAACGGAGGACAUUCUCAUCUUCAACAAGGGGCUGUAACUCCAUUCAGAAAAUAUCGCUUCAGAAGAGGGAUGUAACUCUUACAGAAUGUCCAUCAGGCGUUGUCAGCCUUGACACAUUUAAAACAUUCCAUCCCACAUGUAUCUACCCCGAACUUAGAAUUCAGAAAGAUGUGUGCCCAAUUGGUUGUUGAAUGCUCCCUUAGCACUGAAAUUCUUUGUACAAAAAAGUCAUAGUUUUUAUAGUAAAAUAUUUAAUAGGUACACAAGAUGUAGAGGUUAUUGUAACAGUAUAAUCACAGAGUAUUAAUAGUUUAUAUUGAUAGUUAUUAAGGCAUCAGAAUGAGUUUAUGUAGCCUAGUUGCUAUAACAGUAUUUUGUGUGAACAUUUCGGGAUUUUUUAUUUCUAAACUAUUGUAACUGGUGCAAAAUGGAGGAAUAAUGUUAAUUUAUCUCAUCAGUGCAUUCCUGCAAUUCUGCUUUACCCCAUACUAGCAAAUCAGGUGAGGGUUGCACCGAUUUUCUCACAACUAUGUGCAUCAGAUUAUAAGAUUUUUCUACGAAAUUUAAAAUUUGAGUAUGAAAAAUUUUAAAGCGAAAUAUUUAUUUUGUCAAUAUUCUCUGUUUGAAAUAACCUUGUAAGUAUGAAUGUAUUUGAUAAACUAAGUUUUUAUAGGAUAUUAGCAAGUGCGCUGUGAUUUUGAUAGUAAUAGUUUUAUAUCAAACAACAUUUAAUAUUUUUGUACAGGAAGAUGUCCGAGUAAGUCAGUUUUGACAGAAAAAAAACUAUACUUAUAUUACAUACUGUACACAGAGUUUAAAUACUGUAAAUAUUGAAAUGUUAUAUAUUGCUGUGAUAGAGUCACAACUUUUUCUGUGUUUUUAGCUCACCUGAGCAAUGCUCAGGUGAGUUUUUCUGAUCGCUCGAUGUCCGGCGUCCGUCGUCCGUCGUCUGUCGUCUGUCGUCCGUCCUCUGUCAACAUUUAGCUUGUGUAUGCGAUAGAGGCUGUAUUUUUCAAUUAAUCUUCAUGAAUAUUGGUCAGAAUGAUAACCUUGAUGAAAUCUAGGCCGAGUUCGAAAAUGGGUCAUCUGGGGUCAAAAACUAGGUCACUAGGUCAAAUCAAAGAAAAACCUUGUGUAUGCGAUAGAGGCUGUAUUUUUCAUUUAAUCUUCAUGAAUAUUGGUCAGAAUGAUAACUUUGAUGAAAUCUAGGCCGAGUUCGAAAAUGGGUCAUCUCGGGUCAAAAACUAGGUCACUAGGUCAAAUCAAAGAAAAACCUUGUGUAUGCGAUAGAGGUGGUAUUUUUCAAUUAAUCUUCAUGAAUAUUGGUCAGAAUGAUAACCUUGAUGAAAUCUAAGCCGAGUUCGAAAAUGGGUCAUCUCGGGUCAAAAACUAGGUCACUAGGUCAAAUCAAAGAAAAACCUUGUGUAUGCGAUAGAGGCUGUAUUUUUCAAUUCUUCUUCAUGAAUAUUGGUCAGAAUGAUAGCCUUGAUGAAAUCUAGGCCGAGUUCGAAAAUGGGUCAUCUCGGGUCAAAAACUAGGUCACUAGGUCAAAUCAAAGAAAAACCUUGUGUUUGCGAUAGAGGCUGUAUUUUUCAAUUUAUCUUCAUGAAUUUUGGUCAGAAUGAUUGCCUUGAUGAAAUCUAGGCCGAGUUCGAAAAUGGGUCAUCUCGGGUCAAAAACUAGGUCACUAGGUCAAAUCAAAGAAAAACCUUGUGUAUGCAAUAGAGGCAGUAUUUUUCAAUUGAUCUUCAUGAAUUUUGGUCAGAAUGAUUACCUUGAUGAAAUCUAGGCCGAGUUCGAAAAUGGGUCAUCUGGGGUCAAAAACUAGGCCACUAGGUCAUAUCGCGUAAAAACCUUGUGUAUGCGAUAGAGGCUGUAUUUUUCAAUUGAUCUUCAUGAAUUUUGGUCAGAAUGAUUGCCUUGAUGAAAUUUAGACCAAGUUCGAAAAUGGGUCAUCUGGGGUCAAAAACUAGGUCACUAGGUCAAAUCAAAGAAAAACCUUGUGUAUGCAAUAGAGGCUGUAUUUUUCAACUGAUCUUCAUGAAAUUUAGCCAGAAUGAUUACCUUGAUAAAAUCUAGGCUGAUUUCGAAAAUGGGUCAUCUGGGGUCAAAAACAAGGUCACUAGGUCAAAUCGAAGAAAAACAUUGUGUAUGCAAUAGAGGAUGUAUUUUUCAAUUGAUCUUCAUGAAAUUUGGUCAGAGUGAUUGCCUUGAUGAAAACUAGGUCGGUAUUGAAUAUGGGUUAUCUGAGGUCAAAAACUAGGUCACUAGGUCAAAUUAAAGAAAAAUCUUGUGUAUGCGAUAGAGACUGUUUUUUUCAGUUGAUAUUUAUGAAAUUUGGUCAGGUUGAUUGCCUUAAUGAAAUCUAGGUCGAAUUUGAAUAUGGGUUAUCUGAGGUCAAAAACUAGGUCACUUGGUCAAAUCAAAGAAAAAACUUCUGUAUGUGAUAGAGGCUGUAUUUUUCAGUUGAUCUUCAUGAAUUUUGGUCAGAAUGAUUGCCUUGAUAAAAUCUAGGUCGAGUUUGAACAUGGGUCAUCUAGGGUCAAAAACUAGGUCAUAUCUAAGAAAAUGCUUGUUUUAUUGCAAGAGACCAAUUUUUUGGUCCAAUCUUAAUGAAAAUUGGUCAGAAUAUUUGUUUCCAUGAAAUCACUAGGUCAAACAUGUUUUACACUGUUAUGGAGUGUUUCUUAGGUGAGCGACCUAGGGCCAUCUUGGCCCUCUUGUUUUUAUUGAUAUUUGCUAGAUUUUAAAAUGAUGUAUUCUUGUAAUUAUACACUUUAUACAAGUUUUUCAAUGUGCAAUUUUGUAAACUGUUCAUUUUGUCCUGAUUUUGGAAGUUACAUGCUAAAAUGUUUCUUUAGCCUUUGUUCGAUUUUGCCAAAAUUUUGCCAUAUUUGAUAUAAAAUGCAUUCAUUAAAAAUUGAAAGCUUUCCUGUCAGUACAAAAAACUCAGAGGGCCAGUAAUUCGCAUUGGUAACAUUAUUAAAAUUUUGCGAUGAUUUUUAAUUUGAGAGGAUGAAAUUGCGCUCAAUAUGACAGAUGCCAUGUUUGUUAUGUGUAAUAUAUAUUUACCUAUUUAUUUUCAUGUAUUGGAAUGAAAUAUUUUACUGCUUUUGGUUAUGGUGUUGUUAAGAAAAUAUUUUAUUGUAAUUUGUUACUUUUUAAUGUUACAGUUUGAUAAAAAGUUUUUACCAGGUACUUGUAAGAUUUUUGGUGUAAAUGUUAUCAUUAAAGCUGCUGGCUCAAUUUUUCAGCAUAUUCAUUUUCCAACAAAGUUGGCAUGGAAUGUAUAUAUUACAUUGAAAAAUGUUAAAGUGAGUGAUAGUGAGUUUUAAUGAUUGGUAAAAAAGCAGGAAGAAUGUUGAUUUUCUCCCUUUUUUGAGAAGUGUUGCAGUGGUUUACUCCCUUUGCACAAUAUUUAUGAUUAUGUAUGAAGAUGUAUUGCAAAAAUCAUAUGUCAGUAAGUUUUUACCACUGGUCGUUUUCACUGUACCCAUGUUUAAUGGAACUUUGAGAGAGAAAAUAAUAAACUAAAAUAUGUGAAGGAGGUGCUUCAAGCUACACAAAUGUUUUGAAGUGUUUUAAUUUAGAUUCAUAAGUAAAGAACUCGAAUAAAAACUGUUGAUUUUAUAUGAGCCGUGCAAUGAGAAAACCAACAUAGUGGGUUUGCAACCAGCAUGGAUCCAGACCAGCCUGCGCAUCCGCGCAGUCUGGUCAGGAUCCAUGCUGUUCGCUAAUGGUUUCUCUAAUUGCAGUAGGCUUUAAAAGCGAACAGCAUGGGUCCUGACCAGACUGCGCAGAUGCGCAGGCUGGUCUGGAUCCAUGCUGGUCGCACACCCACUAUGUUGGUUUUCUCAUGGUGCGGCUCAUAUUGAAUAUUUUUACUAUUUCAAAUACAUCUUUGAUGUGAAGUUGAAACCUUCUUAGUAACAGGCUUUUUGUAUUGACUGUUUUACCAAAGGUUUGGGGUGAGCUGUUAUGAUGGUAUUGUUUUAAUAUAAUAAUAUACAUAUAAUAUAUGAUAAUUAAUCUUCACCAAGCUUGCUCUGUAGCAUUGUUUACUUUUGCAAGUCCGAUGAAGUGGUAUUGCUUGACCCCUUUGAGGUAGCUAAAACUAAAAAAAAAGAAUAACUUUUAAACAACUUUUUAUAAACGGUUUGAUGUUAUAUUUCAUGCUAUAUUUUGAAGGUCAAAUGGUCAAGAUCAGUUGAACCAUUAUAGGGUCAUCAGGAUCCUCUUGUUUCGAUGAUUGCUUUACAAAUUACCUAUAAAUAAGUGUAAAAUCGGAUAUAAAUGUUGAGAUUUUAACUCUUAGCCUGCUGGCGGCAAAUGAUUAUGCCUUUGCGACCAGUGCAGACCAAGAUCAGCCUGCACAUCCGUGCAGUCUGAUCAUGGUCUGCACUAUUCGCUAUUCAGUCAGUAAAUUUUCGGUGAAAACCCCUUUGAAUAAUAAGUGGUACUGUCCAAAUUGAAAGAUGGACCAGUCCAUUAUAGAAAUAUAGCAGGGUAAGGGUUAAAGACUUGUUUUAUUUGUAUAUGUAGUGAGCAAAAAAUUGCCAAAAUCAAAGAAAAUAUACAACGAUUUUUAUACAAAUGAGCCGUGCCAUGAGAAAACCAACACAGUGGCUUUGCGACCAGCAUGGAUCCAGACCAGCCUGCGCAUCCGCGCAGUCUGGUCAGGAUCCAUGCUGUUCGCUAACAGUUUCUCCAAUUCCAAUAGGCUUUAAAAGCGAACAGCAUGGAGCCUGACCAGACUGCGCGGAUGCGCAGGCUGGUCUGGAUCCAUGCUGGUCGCAAACCCACUAUGUUGGUUUUCUCAUGGCACGGCUCAAAUAUACUUCAUAUAUAUAGAUUGAAGAGUUGGUCACUGUAUUUGGAUUUUUGCACUAUUUGUGCUGGUGACAGAUAGCUUGAAAAUAAAUAAUUAAUAUAU